GCGAGCAGUUCUCUCAGCUCUGCUGAGGACACAUAUUUUGGUAAUGUCUAUGAGAUAAAAGAAACACUUUAUACUCGAUAAAUUAAGUCAUUAAUACAUAAAUAAGAAUAUUGUAUUAGGGAUUUCCAGCUAUCAAACCUUUAAAAUAACUUUUAUGCAAAAACAAUGGACACAGAAGCGAUUUGAGUGUGGCGCUUUUCGGAACAAUAGUCCUCACAUGAACAGUGAAGUUUAACAGCAUUAUAUGUGAGAGAUUGUGUGUGUACGGCGACCGCGGUGGAUCAAAAUUCAUGUUCAAACAAAAGCGCGAAACGCCUUCCCCUCCGCCUUCAGUCCGAGCGGACAGCGGCUCCGCGCACACACACACAUACAUUCACAAACACACACACUCGUGCGCACGCACUGAGCGAGGGGGACGCGUGUGUGAGAGCAAGAGGCUGUGAAUAAUCCUCAUUCCUUCUGCGACCCGUUCGGCUCUUGGAUGAUCCAUAAUAACCUCUCAUAAUAAUCUAUACUAAUUGUUAAUAAUCAAUAAUCAUCCGGAUCAACAUGUCCCGCAGAAAGCAGAGCAACCCCCGGCAAAUCAAGCGUCCACUAGAUGGAGGUCUGGAGGAGGAAGAGGAGGAGUGCAUAACAGACGCAAAUGAGCUCACUGCUAAAGAGGAGUUUUCAGUGGAGGAAAACUUUCCUGCUGACUUUGAGCCAGACAACCUCACCUGUGAGGACAUGGAGUACUUCUGCAGCAAAGGGGAAGAGAAUGGCAACAGAGAAACAGGAGAGACAGAGAUGGAAACAGACAGUGAGAAGACCAGACACCCCCCUCUGGAGCCAGAGGAAUGGGACGGUCCACGAGAGCUGGACCUGUUCAACAAAGAUGGAGAGCGACGGAUUCACAGCCGCCAGCAGCUUCCUGUUGGAACCACAUGGGGGCCUUUCGAGGGAAAAAUUGAGCUAAACACAGAUGCUCAGAAGACGAAGCCUCACGUCCCGCUGGUGCUGAACGCAGGCCCCCGGUGGCUGCUGGAUGUCACUUGGCAGGGAGCAGACGACAACAAGAACAACUGUGUGGUUUACAGCAAAGGUGGUCAGUUGUGGUGCACCACGACCAAGAACAUGAUGGAAGGUGAAGAGCUGGUGGCAUUCGCAGUGGACUUUGAUUCUCGAUUGCAGGCGGUCAGUCACAUGUCUCUCGGUGAGGGCAUGUACCCAGCACGCCUUCUGGACACCAUCCAGCUCCUGCCCCAGCAAGCUGCCAUGGCCUCCAUAUUACCUACAGCUAUAGUCAACAAGGACAUCUUCCCCUGUAAAGCAUGUGGGAUAUGGUACAGGAGUGAGAGGAACCUUCAGGCCCACCUGAUGUAUUACUGCAGUGGGCGGCAGAGGGAACCCGAUAACAUCUCUGAAGAGACCGACGCCAGUUCCCACCAAACUCCCAAUAUCUGCCCUUUCCCGCAAUGCAACAAGAGCUUCAGCAACCCUCGUGCUCUGGAGAUGCACUUGAGCUCACACAGUAGUGUCAAAAUGGAAGAGUCUCUUCCCCCAGGCACCAGCUUGAAAUGCACAAUCUGUAACUUCACAGCAGAUUCACUCCUUACAUUCCAGCACCACAUCCUUUCACACCUGUCACAGGCAGCCUUCAGAUGCAAUCACUGCCACAUCAGCUUCCAGAACCACAGGGAACUGCUGCAGCAUCAAGACUUGCACGGACACUCCGGGAAGAUUCGCAGGGAGAGUGACAGUGAGAACUCCCCAAGAGGAGGAGAGGAAAGCCUACAGGCUGCACGAGCAGAACUUUUGGGCAGGAAGGAUGUGGUUAUGCAAAGUCCCAAGAGCACACCUAACAAGGCCAACAGUCCUGAUGGAGAACUCGAAAGACUGGAGAAAAAACCUACCCUCGGCCUGCAAAAGGGAGAAAGUCACCCAGGAAGCAAGGCUAGUUUCUCUUACACCAGAAUCAAGUCGGAACCCUCUAGUCCACGGCUAGCCUCCUCGCCGGUCCAGCACAACAUGGGCCCAACUUUCCCCAUGGGUCCAUUCCUGUCACAGUUUGCUUUCUCCCAGGACAUUUCUGUGGUACCACAAGCAUCUGAGAUUCUAGCCAAAAUGUCAGAGCUGGUGCAUCGCAGGCUACGCCAUGGAGGGAACAGCUACCCUCCAGUCAUCUACAGUCCUCUCAUGCCAAAAGGAGCAACCUGCUUUGAAUGCAACAUCACUUUCAAUAAUCUAGACAACUACUUAGUUCACAAGAAGCACUACUGCAACAGUCGCUGGCAGCACAUGGCGAAGUCUCCAGACUUCUCCAGUGUUCCGGACAAGGUGUCGGAUGCCAUAAGUCCAAACAGUGGCCACACUUCGGUCGGUAUGCUCCCUGGGUGCCUUCCAUCAGAAACCGACAGUCAUCUCGUGACAACAGCUUGCUUGAAUUCAUCCGUUUUGGAUAUUAUGAACGCUGGUGGGAAAGUGCCAGAAAAAGACCUUCCUGGGCAAGUAAAGAAGGUUACUACACCAACAGGAGUUGAGGAACGGCUCGGAGGAAAACAGCCUGAGGUGAAGAGUCCCAGCACGUCUUUGGUGGACGGUGACAACGACCCAAACAAGACCACCUGUGAAGCAUGCAACAUCACCUUCAGCCGGCAUGAAACGUUCAUGGUUCACAAGCAGUACUAUUGCGCCACUCGCCAUGACCCACCCAUGAAACGAAUGUCUGCAAAGGUGCCUGCCAUGCAGCGGACCAUGAGAACACGCAAGCGGAGGAAGAUGUACGAGAUGUGUCUACCUGACCAAGACCAACGGCAACCCAUGGGGCCACAGCCGGGAUUUUUGGGCAUGCCCAAUCUAGGGAAUCCCUGUACAUCCCAGGAAACGGUAGAAAGUCUGGCUGACCGCUUCCAUCCACGAUGUGACAUCUUUCCAAGCCUUGUCCCGAAACACUUAGAUGCUUCUCUAACCGUCUCCAAGCCUAUUCUUGCCCCCAAAGGUAACACUAUUGCAGAGCCACAGGAACUAGAUGCUCCGAUAGAUCUGAGCAAAAAGUGCUCACCUCUUCCAGACAAGUCAUGCAACUCCCCCAAAAGACUCUUGGACUAUCACGAAUGUACCGUGUGCAAGAUCAGUUUUAACAAAGUGGAGAACUACCUUGCCCAUAAACAGAACUUUUGUCCUUUCACAUGUGCUCAGCAUGGCGAGAUCAGCAGUCUGGAGCAGCCGAUGUUCCCGGGUGUCAAGAGCGAAGGCAAUAAUUCAGAAGACAUCUAUGAUAAGAGUUCUGUGAAAUGUGAGAAAAACGGUGGCAAGUUGAUGGUGCAAAACGGAAGCAUGUUUCCACCACAACUCGGGCCGGCGACGGAUCUGAAAGCUUUCAGUGAUUCAUCGCUCAUGACUUCGAAAGAUGAGAACAAGAACAUGUUUUUGCCUCACUGUCUCUAUCCUGGAGCAAUAAAGAAGAUGAAAGGUACAGAGCCGAUAUCACCAUAUUUCGGGAUUAAAAGCACCGACUACCUGGCAGGGAGUCUCGUUAUGCAGGGUGAGGCGGUCGAACAGGAGCAAAGCAGCAACGGUGCAGGUGAGACGGGCACAGAACCACCUGCGGCCAAUGGCUGCCCCCAUCCCGGCAAGGAGCCGCUGCCCCUGCUGCCCAAAAACAGGGGCAUGGUGAUUGUCAACGGUGCUCAUAAAGAAGAUCGCCAGACACCAGAAACACCCCAGCAAGAGAAUCAGCCUCACAACACCUCAUCACCAGAGGAACAAACCUCUCCCACAUGGGGAGCCGAGAAUCCUCCCGACCCAAACGAGAAUGUAUCGCCAACUUCGAAAUCGCCUGUGGAGGAAUCCGCACCCGCCGGAAAAGGCAUAAAUGGGUCAGCGCCGCCAGCCGGCAGUGGGAAGUAUUGCCGCCUCUGUGACAUCCAGUUCAAUAACUUGUCAAACUUUAUCACUCACAAGAAGUUUUACUGCUCAUCACAUGCCGCCGAGCAUGUGAAAUGAAAUUCGCUCUUCUUCCCUCGUCUUUUUUGGGUACACGGUCGUGUCUGAAAUAGUGCAUCAUGCAGUUUUAUAUACUGCUUGUGGACAAUCAAGAGAAGCUUCUUCUUUCGUUAUUUGAAGACUUAAUGCAAAAUAAUGAAGAAAAAAAAUCCAAGUGUAAUAUUGGUGCCACUUUCACCUUUUAUUUAUUUUACAAUCAGUAUUAAUAGAAGUAGUGCUCUUAAUUUAAAUUCAAAGAAAGUUUAUAUCAGAGUUGUUUGUAAUGUUAAUGUAUAGUCAUUCUUGUGUAGCAGACAUAUUGUUUACAAUGUACGUUAGGUUCAAGGAGACCAUAGGCACAGGAUACAAAACUGAAAUGCGAUUUAGACCCAACAAUAGCUACUGGAGCACUUGUGUAUUCUUAUUUGCUGGUACAGUUUUUUGUAUAUGUCCAAAUGUCACUUGCAGUAUGAUUCUCUUGACUUCAGCCUUAAAACAGUUCGGAGGGAUAACCAGGCACAACGCUGCAGCUCAUGUUUUGGCAUAUACUGUACACAUGGCUUUGCAUAUAUAUAUGUUGCUGUUUGUCUGUCUUUUCUUGGACUCAGAAGUGGAUGUUUAAAUGAGGAUGGCAGCAUUCUUGUAUAGUACUUGUAUUUCUGUUUGCUGAUACACCUUGUUCUCCCUUUUUAAAAAUUUGCUCUCAGCGCAAUACUUUGUAUAAAAAAUAAAAAAAAAACAUAAGGAAAAAAAGGGGGGCGGGAACAUUACGGAAAGCAGUAUUAUAAAGGGGGAAGAGCAGCUAUUUCUUACUCCUGAAAAAAAAAAAAUAAUUGUACAAAAAGCAGGUUUAUCAAUGGAUUAUUGAUGGGUGGGACAAGGGAAUACUGUAAAAAUGAUCAUUCCAAUGUCCUUAUGUAAGAAAAAUAUUUCUUAAAAAUGUUGUUGCUAUGCAUGUAUAUGGAUGGAAUAAAAUUCCAGAUCUGUUGGAAAUUUUUAUUUUGAUGUGGUGUCAAUUAAACUUCAAUCCUCAGGAUAAA